CUUUGCAUUCCGUUUCUUUUCUUGCCAUCCAUUUUUAUUUACAUUUCAUGUUUUUUUUCAUCGCUAUGAGCAGCUCGUUCGCAUUGCACGCUUGGGAUUAAAUUAAAUGCUUCUCUGCAGAAGUUAUUCGUUGAAUAGACAAUAAAAUACCGGAACCUAUAUUCAUACAGUAUUUGUGCAGAUUGUGUUUUCUUGUCAGCCAGAGGAUAAGCGUACAUAAGUAGUAGAAAUAAUUAAGGAUAAUAUAUCGAAUGAUCUGAGAAGUUGAAGCUGAAAAAUGAUGACCAGAAGAAAGUCCGUGCACGAUUUGCAAGCUAUUCAACAACAUCAGAAAAAAGAAGACGCUUUGCAAGUGAAUUCUACUGAAGACAGAAAAACACCUGGUAUAAAAUCUUCACAAGUGAAGAAAAAUACGCGAAUCAAUCAAAGAAGAACAUCGGAAGCAGCGCCCGGAAUGGUGCAGAACAAUCAACAACAUCAUGGAAUUACACAAAAUGGCAUGGAUGCAGAAGAUAUCCCCAAAUUCAAAGGAUAUCGUAUAAUCGAAAUCGAUCAUUUCCUUCAGUGGGCUGCGUAUUCUCAGUUUAUGCACUCAAAGCAUUGUCCAGGAGGAUUACUAAAGCCCUACCAAGAGUACGUAAGCGGUUGUUAUUCUACGUUCGCGAUGAAAUGCAGUAAAUGCUCAGCAAUCAUUACUCGUUCAUCAGAGAAUUACAUACAUCACAAUAAGUUAAUGAAUCGUCUGGUUAAAGGCACUGUACAAAUGGGAAAAGAUUAUGACGAAAUGAGUAGUUUCAUGGAAUCUUUGGAAAUUCCAUUUGUCACAAAUGAAGAAUUCGGAACGAUAAAAUCCCAAAUGCAGUUGAAUUCGUCGUUGGAUGAUCAAUCAGCACUACAGAAAGCGGUGGAAGAAUUGGAACGAGCAUCAGCAACAUCUAAAAGAAAGCGUCAUGGUAGUUGCAAGUAUCACUACGAAGUGCUGAAGGUGUACUUGAAUAAAAAGAUGCGCAAAAUAGAAGAAAAUUUGCAACUCUCAGUUAAUGACUCUGUGGCACUAGCAGUAAAUGCUCACUUGAAGAAUGUUGCGCACGUUCAGUUAGUUCCUACGAGCCCGAAUGCAGCCACUACUAGUGGAAGCAAUUCCGCUUCAUCAUCUAAUGUCCAAAAUAAUCGAAUCGGUGCAGGGUUCUCGAACGGUCCACCUUCGACUAAAGGUAACCUUUUCAAUCAACAUUAGAGAGAAAUGCCGUCCCUGCAUACGACAUGUAUUAUGUACAUAUCGAUUGUUGAAAAGUGUUCAAAGGUUCGAGAGAUUUGCUGCGUGCUCUACUAAUCUGUAAGUGAUCAAAAGGAAUUUGAUCUCCAACUUAGUGAUUUUUACUGCGACAUAAAAAAACUUCCUUCAGUAGUUUUAUUCAUUAAAAUGAUCCAUAUUAGUUGUAGUGAAUAGCCGUUAAUAAUUGUUUCGUUCACUCUCAGGUUUUUAUUCCCCAAAUAAAUGUGCCGAUAGAUUUGAAGUUAGACUAAGUAUAGCUUCAGAAUAUGUUUAGUGUUCUCAGCGUCUAUUUGCCAUACAUUCAAUUGAUUUUUAUUAUGUAAAAUCUGACGAAUCAAUAAAAAAUUCAAAUCAUGAAUAUGAUAAA